UCUGUCCCCAGAGGUUCAGGGCUGUGAGAGCUGAGGCAUUCACCAUGCUGGCACUGGGCAGUGGCCCCAAGCAGAGGACCAGGCUGGCCCUGCAGUGGAGGCAGAUUUCCUGGAUCACAUGCUGGGUUACCCUGUAUGCUGUGGAGGCCCUCUCUGCCUGCCCCUUUUCCUGUAAGUGUGACACUAGAAGCUUGGAGGUGGACUGCAGUGGCCUAGGCCUCACCAUGGUGCCCCCGGAUUUGCCGGCUGCCACCCGAACCCUCUUGCUCUUGAACAACAAGCUGAGUUCUCUGCCAAGCUGGGCUUUCGCCAAUCUGUCCAGCCUGCAGAGAUUGGACCUAUCCAACAACUUCCUGGACCAGCUGCCUCGCUCCAUUUUUGGGGACCUGACGAAUCUGACAGAGCUGCAGCUGCGCAAUAACAGCAUCAGGACCCUGGACAGGGACCUGCUGCAGCACUCGCCCCUGCUCCGCCACCUGGAUCUGUCCAUCAAUGGCCUGGCCCAGUUGCCUCCUGGCCUUUUUGACAGACUUCCAGCUCUACGCUCCCUAUCACUGCGCUCCAACCGCCUGCAGAACCUGGACCGGCUGACAUUUGAACCCCUAGUGAGCCUGCAGCUUCUGCAGGUUGGGGACAACCCCUGGGAGUGUGACUGUAACCUGCGUGAUUUUAAGCACUGGAUGGAGUGGUUCUCCUACCGAGGGGGGCGCCUGGACCAGCUUGCCUGCACCCUACCCAAGGAGCUGAGGGGGAAGGAUAUGCGCAUGGUCCCCAUGGAGAUGUUCAACUAUUGCUCCCAGUUGGAGGAUGAGAAUAGCUCAGCUGGGCUGGAUAGUCCUGGGCCACCCUGUACCAAAGCCAGCCCAGAACCUGUGAAGCCCAAGCCAGGGGCCGAGCCCGAGCCAGAGCCCAGCACGGCCUGCCCCCAGAAGCAGAGGUAUCGGCCAGUGAGUGUGCGUCGGGCCAUUGGCACCGUGAUUAUUGCCGGGGUUGUCUGUGGCAUCGUCUGCAUCAUGAUGGUGGUAGCUGCUGCCUAUGGCUGCAUCUAUGCCUCCCUCAUGGCCAAGUACCACCGGGAGCUCAAGAAGCGCCAGCCCCUCAUGGGGGACCCAGAGGGUGAGCAUGAAGACCAGAAGCAGAUCUCCUCUGUGGCAUGAGAGCCCAGCCUAGGUAGGAAGGGCAGGGAG